UAUUCAGAAAUAAUAAUUUUUUACUUUGUAGGCAACAUUUUGAUAAUAGUUGUGAUUAUUUUUCCAACAAAUAUUUGUUGCCGAUCUUUUAAUACAGUCUGAUCAUUCGAGCAAGAUGCUCGUUUGAUUUAGGACGUUUUGUUUGUAACAAAAUGUAUGUUUUUAAAUAUUCAACUGCUGUGCAAAAGUGAAUCAAUAAAGUAAAGUUAUAUUCAUCAACAAUAGUGUAAAAAAUAAAUAAAAUAUGAAUUAUUUAUUAUGAUAUGUACAUCACAAGAUCCACGUGCAUAAAAAUAUCAGAAACACAACCAGCAAGAAUGUUUUAGAAACAUUAUUGCAACAUAUUUUCUUGCGAUAUCUCCAACAUUUUCGGUGCUAUUUUAUAGACUAAAAUUAAAAUAUGAUAACUAGAAACUUAAACUUUUCAAUUAUCUGUGUUCUGUUAUUAGGAUCUUUUGUAAUUGCAUUAGAACCAGCUGAUUUAUUAAUAAUAAUUUUGAGUCAGGAAGAAGGAUACAAUGCUGCACAAGCUAAGCUUUUACAGUCUGAAAUUAUCAAACAAGCAAAUACAUUGGAAAAGAAACCUCCACAAAUUAUUCUAACUCAUACUCUAGAUAUUUAUGGAUCAUGGACCAUAGUACCAAUUAUUGCAUAUUUAAAUGAUAAAAAUAUUGUAGGUGAUUGGUAUGUUUUUUGUGCAGAUAAUACAGCUAUACGUUUGACUAGGCUUUUAUAUGUUUUAAAUAGUUAUGAUGUAAAUAUAUAUAAGAAUUUGUGGAUAGGAUAUGCUUUAUAUGAUAAGGAGCCAACUAUUAUACACCAUUAUGCAGAACACACCAAAAAAUUCAAAUAUCCAAACUUAGCCUCUGGCUUUGCCAUAUCAAAAUAUUUAUUGAAGAGCUUAAGCAAUAAGGCUAGUGAAUUUGUAGCUAGUAAUGUAGACUUUUCUGUAGAUGCAUCAUAUGAAUUAUCUACUUUUAUUUAUAAUAAAGGUAAAGGUGCUCGAUUAACUCAUGUACCAGAAUUUUGUGUAGUUUCUAAUGAUAACUGUGCUACAUAUCCUAAACCAUUCUAUCCAUGUGCAAAAUUAUCACCUUAUCAAAAUGCAUAUGUUGCUGUGAAAACCUGUGCUAAGUAUCACAAUGACAGGCUGCCUAUUAUUCGCAAUACUUGGGCAAAAUAUGCUCAAAAUAUUGGAUAUUUUACUGAUUGCUUAGAUGUAAACUUACAGGAUGGUCAUGUUGUACCCAGUACUGAGCAAGGGCAUUGUGCAAAAACCUAUGCAAUAUUACAAUAUGCAGCUCCCAUACUUCAAGAAAAAAAUCUAGGUUGGCUUAUAAUUACAGAUGAUGAUACCAUAUUAAGCUUGGGACGACUAAUGAAACUACUUACUUGUUAUAUUCCUGAGAAUACUGUGGCAUUAGGUGAGAGGUAUGGAUAUCGUACAACAAAGAUUCAUGGUUAUGACUACUUAACUGGAGGAGCUGGAUUAGUUUUAUCAACUCCUUUAGUAGAACAAAUUAUAAAACCAGGAGUAUGUGAAUGUCCUAGUGCAAAUACUCCUGAUGAUAUGUUUCUUUUUGGAGUUUGCUUAGCACAUUUAGGAGUAAAAGUCACACAUUCUCCAUUAUUUCAUCAAGCAAGGCCUAUUGAUUAUGCAACUGGCUACUUAGAUUCUCAAGAGCCAAUAUCAUUUCAUAAAUUUUGGAUGAUAGAUCAUCCAGAACUUUUGUAUAAAGAAUGGUUUGAAGAAGCUGACAAGACUGCAUUAAUAUUACAAAAUGAAAUUAAGCACGAGGAAUUAUAAAUUUAACUUGCACCAACU